AUGUUACGUUCCAAUGUGGUCAUCUCACGUGAUCGCAUGGCUCUUCGUUACUUGUCCGCUCGAUUGGCUCAACAAAUUGAUGAUGAACUAAUGAAUGCCGCUGGGGCAUUCAGCCUUGACCAGGUACUGACACAGUAUACGCAACCCUCCCCAUAUCUCACUCUGAAGCUCAUGGAACUUGCUGGACUAGCAUGCGCGCAAACGCUAUCGACGGUUUACCCUGAUAACAAGAGGUUCAAUCGCGUCCUUGUUUGCUGUGGUCCCGGAAAUCAAGGUGGCGAUGGUCUCGUUGCAGCUCGACAUUUAGCCAUGUUUGGAUACAAACCUUCGAUUUACAUGCCCAAGCCGGGCUCGAAGGAUAUCUAUCAACGUCUACACACACAAUGCAAAAACCUUGACAUACCUACCUUGGACGAUCUCCCUGCAGCUUUGAAGACUUCCGAUGUAAUCCUUGAUGCCAUUUUUGGCUUCUCUUUCAAAGGGCCUAUUCGAGCUCCAUUUGACACAGCACUCCCGUUGAUAUCUUCCUCUGGCCUUCCUAUCGUGUCUGUUGACAUUCCCUCUGGCUGGGAUGUGGAAGCUGGGAAUAACGCUGGAGUGGGGCUGGAUCCAGAUGUCCUCAUAAGCUUAACAGCGCCAAAGGAAGGCGUCAAAUCCUUUCGUGGCCGCCACUUUCUCGGUGGAAGAUUCGUACCGAAAGCACUUGUGGAGCGCCAUCAGCUAAACUUGCCAACGUAUCCAGGACAUGCACAGGUCGUAGAUAUCACAGAGAUUAGCCAGAAAUUAUGA